CGAGGACUGUGUGACGAGAAACUGGCCGGUGGGACAACUUGGGACCGUGCGUCAAUUCUUUGCGUUUAGUCGGUUUUUAACGGAUUUUAAAAGCUUCAUUCUUUUCCCCCCAGAACUGACUGACGUCAACAGAAUAAAAGGGGUCUAAUGUGUAUGAGGUCAUCACCCCACCACCUUCAGGGACCAUGCCCUGUCUCCAUAGCAACUUCUGGCCCCAGGUUGGCCCAGAGUGAGUGUGGGUCAAACCAGGCCUGAGCAGGCCUGACGUGGACCAGACCAGGCUGAGGUGGGCCCGAAGCAGGCCAGAGUGAGUGUGGGUCAAACCAGGCCUGAGCAGGCCUGACGUUGACCAGACCAGGCUGAGGUGGGCCCGAAGCAGGCCAGAGUGAAGCAGAGACAUCAUGCACCAGCUGUUUGGCCUGGUUCUCGGCCAGAGGGACCUGUCGCGGGCCGGAGACCUCUUCUCCCUGGAAGACUCGGAGAUAGAGGACUGUCUCUCACAGGCCCUGGAGGAAAUCAAGGCUAUCUCCUGCUCUCCUGACUACCUGACCAAUGACAAUGACCAGGCGGUGGUGGAGAUCUGCAUCACGCGCAUCACCACGGCGAUCAGGGAGACGAGGUCCAUCGAGCGCCAUGGGGGGGCGUUAGUGAGUCUGUGGGAGUCCUGUCUGGAACACAACCUCACCCCCCAAGGCAAAGACGAAGACACACCCCAUGCCAAGAUAGCCUCCGACAUCACCAGCUGUAUACUGCAGAACUACAGUCGUCCCCCAGUGAUGGCUCUAGCAGUGCCGGUGGCAGUGAGGUUUCUGCAGAGAGGCAACAAAGAGCUCAGUAGGAACAUGUCCAGUUAUCUCUCUCUGACUGCCAUGGAUAAGGCUGAACUACUGGCUGAACACACAGAGGCUAUCACCUGCAGCGUGCUGGGAGGUAACCACAUGCUCCUACGCGUGUUGCCGUCCGUCUACCCCAAACUGCCCCAUGCCAUCCAUCGUCACCUAGGCAACCUGACGGCCAUGAUGUCACAGCUCGAGUCACCGGAGCAACAACACCUGCUGAGGCUGAUCCAGAUGGUCGCCGAGCAACAGCCACAGGUGCUGAGCCCCCUGGUGCCCUCCCUGGUUGGUUACCUAGGCGAUGCCUCUCUGAACGAGACCCUACUGGGUGCACUGGUGGACGUGUCACAGGCUAGCCCCGCCUCCAUGGCACCCUUCCUGCCCACGCUGAGGGUUGUGGGUCAGCAGUACCCAGUCCUGCUGGGACACGUGGUUAAAAUACACAGAGCUGUGGGCUUGACCAGUGAGUGUCAGGCCCGUAGCUCCCUGGUGUACCUAGUGUCUCUACUGGGCAGUAUGGAUCACAGCUUCCACCACACUCUCCUGCUGGAGAUCAGAGCCCUGACUGACAGAUACAGCUCCAUCCUGGGAGGCUGUGCCAAAGACAUCUACAGGAUGAGUAACAGCUUCACCUCUAUAGCCAGACUACUGGGGAGAAGACUGGAGACAGACACUACUAUCAACUGCAGGGUUGAAGAGGAAUCAGAAGGCCCUUCCUCCCCUUGUAUCUCAGAGGCCAGUGGGGGUGCGGGGGGGUGUGGAGGGGGAUCAGAAGGCCCUCCUUCCCCUUGUAUCUCAGAGGCCAGUGGGGGUGGGGGUGCGGGGGGGUGUGGAGGGGGAUCAGAGCAGCGACUGCAGGUGAAGAUCCAGGCGUUUGAGGAGAAGAUGGGGGAGGAGGGGGGAGAGGGGUCACCUACACCCCAACGCAGAAACAGCAUGGGACAAGCCACUAGAGAGAAACACAGAGAGAUGAGGUUUAACAGGUCAAAGAGUCUGGCUCUGCAAGCCGUGAGGUCACGGUCCGUCAACUUCGACAGCGGUCAGGAUGGAGAAGGGGUGGAGCUAACAUCUGACGCAUUCCUCUCAGAAUCCCCACCCAAUCAGCAAACAGAAGCCUUAGAUACCUCUCCCACUGAGAGGAAACUAACCAAUGAGAACUCCCUGUCUCCCUCCACCCCUCCAGCCACGCUCCGUGAGGAACAGAGGGAUGGACAGGGAGAGGGGGAAGGAGGGAGAGGAGGAGGAAUAGGAGAGGGGAAAGAGGACAAGAUGUACAGCCACCUGAGGGACAACAUGGAGAAGAUCAAAGAGUUCUGUUCUGAGAUGGUUCAACAGAUCCCCAUACCAGAACACUGUGUCAUAGAAGAAUCGAGCCAGGGAAGUGUGAAGCUGUCGUUCUCGUGCCCUCUGAAGGGCCGUUACUGUCUCUAUACCAAGUCCUGUUUCACCCUCACCAGCCUCCAGCCACACCUCUGGAUCAACAUCAUGCUGCUUCACCUACAGAGUCAGCACAGCGCUCCUCUCUCCUCUCUGGAUGACAGUGUGCAGAGGUUGGGGAGACUGUGGGAGGGGACCCAGCUAAAAGGAGCUCACAGCUUCUCCAUGGCCAUGACCCAACAGCCCACUCCACACAGAAAGGACCUGGACAGUCUGCAGAUCCAUCUGCAGGAGGUGCGUUUCUAUCACCUGUUUGGAUUCAGUGAAGAGGAGGGCAGCUGGCUCUGCUAUAUGUGUAACAACCCAGAGAAGGCCACAGUGGUGAACGAGGAUGGCCAGCCGCUGAUAGAGGGGAAACUGAAAGAGAAGCAGGUUCGCUGGAAGUUCAUCAAACGCUGGAAGACUCGCUACUUCACCCUGGCAGGAAACCAACUCCACUUCCGGAAGGGAAAAUCUAAGGAUGAGCCAGACGACAGCACCAUCGAGCUGAGCAAAGUGCAGAGCGUCAAGGUGGUGGCUAAGAAGCGGCGUGAGCGGGCUCCUCGGGCCUUUGAGAUCUUCACGGACAAUAAGACGUACGUCCUGAAGGCUCGUGAUGAGAAGCAUGCUGAGGAGUGGCUUCAGUGUAUUAAUGUUGCCGUGGCCCAGGCCAGAGAGAGGGAGAACAGAGAGGCCACCACCUACCUGUGACCUUGUGACCUGGAAGAUAUUCUACCGUGACCCGUUCCUGACCCAGAAACACAACACACAGCCCCGCACUACUGUACCAUCGACUAACAACAGUCCUGUGAUGUCCCACUGUUUCUGAUCACCUGACAGUCCUGUGAUGUCCACUGUUUCUGAUCACCUGACAGUCCUGUGAUGUCCACUGUUUCUGAUCACCUGACAGUCCUGUGAUGUCCACUGUUUCUGAUCACCUGACAGUCCUGUGAUGUCCACUGUUUCUGAUCACCUGACAGUCCUGUGAUGUCCACUGUUUCUGAUCACCUGACAGUCCUGUGAUGUCCACUGUUUCUGAUCACCUGACAGUCCUGUUUCUGAUCACCUGACAGUCCUGUUUCUGAUCAUCAUAUCUGCCAGCUGAGACUGAUAUCCAGACAUCAUUGUCAGCAUUCUUCGAGAGUCUAUCUAUAUACAUUUAUAAAGGCUAUUGUUUCAGUAUUUAAAAGCAAUGAGGAUCUUACUAUAACUAAUGACCUUCUAUUUCCAGCAAAAGCGAUCGACAUACUAAAACCUAGCAAUAAAGGCUCAAUAUGAACAGCAUUAUAGAACUGUCUUGGCCGAGACAGCGAAGAUUAAGAAGCCUUAAUGGACAGCAGAUGAGAACGUUCUAGAACAAACAAACAAACAAGAGUUAGUGUUAUUAGCAUUUGAGCAGUAGAAUUUAUUAAAUAAUAAGUUUUGUCAUUUCAAACAACAUAAAAACAGUGCUGUUAUAUAGUGAGGUCCAAAAGUAUUGAGAAAAUUACCAACAUCACAAAUAUCAUAACCCCCAGACAUGGUAACCAUUACAAUAACAGCGGAGGUUAGGUUAGGUUUUUGGAAGUAUGUAACUUUCUCACUCAUCAUUAUUCACGGUUCAUUCAGGACUAUUUGUAGUCAUGGUAGCAUCCACAUUCAUGCAGUAGUGUUUAGAAACAUAUUUUAUUCUUAUUUACAAUAAAAAGUGAUUACAAAAUGACACACUACAUUAUUAUUAGCAGUCAUUUCUAUUGGGCACAAAAUAAUCUGAGAACUUUGAAUUUGUCCCAAUAGCUUUUGGUCCCCUAAAAUGGGGGGAUAUGUACAAAAUGUUCUAUAAUUUCUAAAAGGUUGACCCGAUAUGGAUGAAAAUCUCCUUAAAUUAAAGCUGACGGUCUGCACUUUCACCUAAUAGUCAUUGUAUCAAAGCCAAAGUGCUGUAGUACAGAGGCAAAACAACAACACAAUUGUCACUGUCCCAAUAUUUUUGGAGCUCACUGUAUGUCAUAUUUGAUAAAUGAACAGACUAGUCCCCUGGAGAUCUUCAGCAGAGGCUCAGAACAACAGGGGUGGAUAUCGGUCACACUGCUGGGGGCUGUGCGUUCUCUCUGCUUCCAGGAAACAUGUUUCUAUGGAGAAACACAUUUAUUGGCAAAGCUAUCGUCUUUGUAUUCUCUCGCUUUUUUCAUCCAAAAAAAGAGCUUGGUGUGUGUGUGUGUGUGUGUGUGUGUGUGUGUGUGUGUGUGUGUGUGUGUGUGUGUGUGUGUGUGUGUGUGUGUGUGUGUGUGUGUGUGUGUGUGUGUGUGUGUGUGUGUGUGUGCGUGUGUGCGUGCGUGUGUGUGUUUACAAUGACAAGCAUCGUUGACAAUUCUGACAUGUUCCUGAAUAAAUACAUUAAACCUGUUGUUUGCAGAACUGGCUCUCAUCGCAGUGGAAUCUUCAUUUAAAAACACAAAUAAAUGUCAACCCCAGAGUCACGUUUUAUAGAAUCUGCUUAUAGGGUGAACGUUCCUCUCCCUCCAGAGUAAUGAAUGACUUGGGGGGGGGGGUCAUCUAAUUGAAACAUGUCCAGCUUUCCAAUGAACCCAUUAACACCUUGAUGAGCAAUAUGUUAUGGAUUCUGAGCUAACAUUUAGUCUUUAAAACUAUACACUCACAAAUCGCCAAGUCAAUCGAAGAACUGGUCUGGAGAUGUCCUUGUGUGUCCGGAACCAGUGACAGUUCUGUCAUAAUGAAUGAGCUGUUUCUGUGGAUGAUGUAAUUGUUGCAGCCGUGCUUCUACACCUGCAUUGCUUGCUGUUUGGGGUUUUAGGCUGGGUUUCUGUACAUCACUUUGAGAUAUCAGCUGAUGUACGAAGGGCUAUAUAAAUAAAAUUUGAUUGAUUGAUUGAU